AUGAAAGGGCCGUGUCUAACAUCAUCAACGCACCAACUUUUUGGCAAUUAUGCGGAGUACAUCUCGAUCAUCACAAGAGGAAUAAUAGAAGUGAACAAGAUGAAAGCUACUCUGCUCACUGUGGUGGCACUCACUGCAGUGGCUGCCCUAGUUGGAGCCGCCGAUCCCGAAUGCUUAUACCGGAGGACGAGGAACCUCUCCAUGCACUGGCCAAAACCCUUGAACUGCUCCUCCUACUACCGUUGCACCGCCAAGAACUCUGUUCGCACGGUGACGUGUUCACCGGGCAAGGAGUACAACCCCAAGAAUGGCAAGUGCACAAUCGCAGGACGAAGUCUCUGCAAGCUGAGUCUUAUAGCUCCACUUGCUGAGUCCACCAAUGUGUGCUCCACCGAGGUGAACGGAGCCUACAUAGCCAAUAGUGGUGCUUGUGGCGAGUUCUACAUCUGCGACGAGCAGUCUGCCUAUCCACAGAAGUGCGAUUUGGGUAGCUAUUUCAAUGAAACCCUGGCUGCCUGCGUACCGGAUACGAACAACACGUGCUGGCAGAACCUGUGCAUUAAUAAGACCAGUGGAACCUUUUUGGCGAAUGAGGAGAACUGCGGUAGCUACUAUGCGUGCUCCGAUGGAGAGGCCACUCUUACGACUUGUCCCCAGGGCAGUUACUUCAACACCUCAGUUGACGCCUGCACUGUCGAUGAAGGAAACUCCCAAUGCUGGGUUAACUACUGCAUUGGACAGGAUGAUGGGUCCGCUGUGGCCGAUAAGUCCAACUGCACCGUGUUCUAUGUGUGCUCCAAUAAUACGGCUACUGCUCAGGAAUGUCCCGAAGGAAGCUACUUUGAGGACACUAACUGGGGUUGUGUUCCCGGCACUUGCACGACAGAGGCGCCAUGCGAUGACUCCACAACCACCACCACUGAACCUUGUGAUGAGGUGACCACUGAACCUCCGGCAUCCUGCGAUUGCGGUGACAUAAAGAACGCCGACUUCAUUCCCGAUGAAGAGAACUGUCGCAAGUACUUCAUCUGCAUUGACGGUGUCCUGGAGGCUGGGGACUGCGGCAAGGGUAACUUUUUCAAUGCCACCCUCAGUGUUUGUGAGGUUGAUGUAGACAACACUUGCUGCGUGGCGGAUUGCACGGAUGGAGAUGCCAAAGUGGAUCCCCAGGACUGCACCAAGUACUACAAGUGCCAAAGUGGCGACUGGACUUCCGUUUCCUGUAACAGUGGCAGUUAUUUCAAUGCCUCUCUGAACUGCUGCCAAGUGGAUGUGAAUAAUGUGUGCAUUAAUGCAUCAGACACCACAACACCGAGUCCCACAACCUCAACAGCGCUUGCUGCAACCACAACCAAGUGCAAUGCCCGAGAUCCUCCAGCCAGUGGAAAGAACUGCUGGACCUACCAGGUCUGCCUCAAUGGCCAGUGGGAGCAUGGCACUUGCCCCAAUGACACCUACUUCGACGCCUCCGUUGGCGUUUGCCGCGAGGACACCGACAAUGUCUGCUCGGAGAACAGAUCGAGCGGAUCGCGCCAGAAGCGAAGUGUGGACGACUGCGAGGGAGGCAUCCAGCAGGGAACCAUUGUGGGCCACUCGACCGACUGCGAUAAGUACCUGAUCUGCGAGAACGGACAGUUGGUGGAGGGUGUGUGCGGCUAUGGCAAUGUCUUUCAGAGUUCCAGCGGCGUCUGUGUUCCGGACACCAAGGCCACCUGCUGGGUGUGCUCCAACAAACCGAAUGGCUACCAGAUGCCAGAUGCGACCGACUGCACCAGCUAUUUGACCUGCUGGGAUGGCCUGGCAACGAAGCACACCUGCGGAUCCGGCGAGUGGUACAAUGCCGAUGGUGAGUGCGCCAUCGAUGUGAAUGCCAGGUGCAUCAACCCAUGCACCUGCGGCAACGGCAACGUCGCCCACCCCAUCUGCACCAAGUACUUCCAGUGCACGGACGGAGUGCCCAAAGUGGUGCAGUGCGUCUCUGGAGAGGCCUUUGAUUCAGCCACUGGUCAGUGCUCCACUACCGUGGAGUGCUCUGCCAAAAACUGCGCCACCGCCAGUGAUGGCACCACCUACGCUGUUGCCGGAGAAACUGGCCAAUUUUACGUCUGCCUAGACCACGAGGCUAGUAUUGAAUCCUGCCCAGUCAACACAGGAUACGACGCCACCCUGGGCUUAUGCUACACCCAAGCCAGCAGCGAUUGCGAUCAGUCCGUUUGCACCAGUACCAAUGAGUACUUGACGUAUCCUUCUAAGAACGACGACUCCUCGACCUUCUGCCUGUGCGAGAAUGGUGGUGGUUAUAUUAAAUCCUGUCCAACCGGAUUGUUCUACGACGCGACCUCACAAAGCUGCACUUUCUCCGGAAACUGCGAUCCUCAGGUCUGCAACGACCAGUCGGAGUACUUCAUCUCUCCGGACUACGAGGACCCGAACAGUUUCUGCCUGUGCCGCGCUGGAGAGCCCAUAGCAGUUCCCUGUCCCAUUGGCUACACUUUCGAUAGCGAGGAGCUGGAGUGUGUCCUCAUUCCACUGCCAGAUCCACGUUGCCACGAUUGCUGCGUAGGAAAGACGGACUUCUCAACAUUCCCUGCCUUGGAUGGUACCGAUGGCUUCUGCAUCUGCGUGGACGAAAUUCCCAAGUACAGCAGCUGUCCGGACAACUCGCAAUACAAUUCCGAGCUAGGUGCCUGCCUCAGCACUGAGGAGGAAACCACAUGCCCAGUGAAUGCUUGCGAUGUCGGCGUUUGCGAGGACAUUGCGGAUUACAACACCUUCCCUGUUUCAAAUGAGCCCUCCGCGUUUUGCUACUGCGUCAACUCCUGCCCCGUGUAUGAAACCUGUUCCGACGAUGAGGUCUAUAACGUUAAUCUGAAGAUGUGCAGGGAAGAAGAGGAUCCUUCUGUUGCCGGCUUGUGUGAUGCUGAAAAAUGUGACAGCACUCCGGAGUAUACACCAUAUCUGCCCAACGAAGGAAAGGACGGCUUCUGCUAUUGUGAUGAUAGCGGCUUUCCCGUUUAUCAGCCAUGCGACGAAAACGAGGAAUUUGAUCCCCUCCUGGGAAUCUGCAAAACGAUUGUUGAUGCCUGUGUGACCGCCCUGUGCGAUUCUGACCAAUGCGCCAUCUUGGGCAACUACGUGCCCUUCCCUACGAACAACGCCAACGAGGAUACCGCUGAGUUCUGCUUAUGCGAGAAUGGGGAGGUGGUCCUGGUACAGUGCAGCGCCGAGAUGGUGUACGAUGCGGAGCAGGGACGAUGCGCAGUUCGGGCUGCAUCCGAGUGCGUUUGCGAGCCCGGUAAAUGCGACAGCUCCGAUGACUACAACUCAUAUCCGGCUCUGAAUACGAAUGAUGGCUUCUGCCUGUGCGUGAGCGGAACUCCUGUGUUCAAGGACUGCUCAGAGGGCCAAACCUAUAACAGUCUCUAUGGUGCCUGCUUUGAUAGCGCCAAGAUCAAUGCCCUCGGCCUUUGCGAUAGCAGACAAUGCCACAGUCGCGCCCUUGUGACUGCCACUUUUGCGGCAGUCAACACGACCAGUGGAUACUGCAGUUGCCAGGCUGUGGGCGUGUCCACCUUCAUCAGUUGUGCGGAUGAACAUGUCUACGAGCAGAGUGCGGGAGCUUGUGUGGUCGAGGCCUGCGAGUACACCAGCUGCUGGGACAGAGCUGCCUUCGAAGCCUUCGAGGCGAAGAACACCACCGAAGGAUUCUGCUCCUGCGACGGUGUGCCCAAUUUCCAUCACUGCCAGACGGGACACGUCUUCGACAAGACCCAGGGCAUAUGUCUGCUGAAGGACGCCAUGGCCAUGAUCUCUUGCAACCUGAAGGAGUGCCUGAGGCGAAGCCAAUACGAGCCUUUCGCCGCCGAAAACACCAAGUCCGGAUUCUGCUCCUGUGACGAUCCGCAGCGCGUUAGUGUCACCUAUCAUCCGUGCGGCGAGGGCGAGACUUUUGCUCCGGAACUCGGCAUGUGCGCCAGCCACAGCAUCCAGAAGCGUUCCGUGGAGUCGGAGGAAAACAUAUGUAACUUGGAUGAAAAGCGGUCGGUACCAGCGAACUGCUCGCAGUACGAGGUGUGCAUCGAUGGUCAUUGGCGCCGACGCACUUGCUCCGACCAGCGAUACUACAAUCCGGAGCAGCAGAGAUGCCUGGAGCCGCGAGAUGACUUGGUCUGCGCCUACGCAAGGGUAUCGAACGUUCCCACCUGCAGCACCAUCAGCGAAUCCCUGACGAUUCCGGCCAAAAGUGGCAAUUGCCUGCAGUACUUCCGCUGCUCCGGCGGCAAAUGGCGACUCCGCAACUGUCCGAAACAGCACUACUACUCCUCAUUGAUCGGAUCCUGUCUGCCAUUCCCGCGGGGUCAUGAGCAGGACAGGAAUCAGACAAUUUGCAGUUGGGUGAUGAGCAAGUCAGCUGGUAAUACCUCCGAAGACUGCCAGCACCUGGCUGUGCGUCCUUCUCUGGCGGGCGGCUGUCAGAGUUACCUGAUGUGCCUGGACAACUCCUGGUGGCUGCACCAGUGUCCCUUGGGCAUGUACUUCAGUCGGGAGCACAACUAUUGCCUGCCCAAUGAUGCGGGCCAGUGUAUCCUGCCGGCGGAGCGGAGUGGAAGCUGCUCCAACGGAGAGAGCAGAUCCGUGGUGGGCAGUUGCCACAGCUACGAACUGUGUUCGGAUGGCCAGUGGAUGCGGAGGCGCUGCCAGGAAAGGGAACAGUUUGAACCCAUGCUGGGCUGUGUGCCCAGCGAUGGCAGCUGUCAAGACAAUGGGAUGCGGCGCAUCUGCCGGGAGGGGGAACUCCAGGCUCAAAUCGGUAACAACUGCUCUCAGAGAUUCCUAUACUGUGAGGCGGAGUCAUGGCAUCUGGGCAGCUGUCUGAGGGGGCACAGUUUCGCUAGGAAUGGCAACAAGUGUCAGUUACAGUCACAGUGCCAUCUCCAGAUAAGGGAUCUCACUGCGGAAAACCAGUGUCUGGGUCAAAUGGAUGGGCUCAGUGUGCUCGAUCCCACAGAUUGCACUCGAUUUUACCUGUGCCUGCAGCAAGUGCCCACGAUCCUGCAGAGCUGCUCCUCUGGCAGCUUCUUUGACUCCACCCAGGGAUACUGCCGACCGAAUGAUGGCUCCUGCCAGCUGGCGAUUUGUGCCGGACUAGAAGAUGGCAAGCUGGUGGCUCAUCCGGAGGAUUGCCGCUCCUACUACAGCUGCUCCAGCCAGAAUGGUACUAGUCUGGUGCAAUGCGAUGAGGGUCAGUACUUCCACAGUUUGCUCUCGAUUUGCCGCGCUGAUCAUGGCCAGUGUCGAAACGUUUCCAAUCAGGAUGAAACGGAAACUGCACCCAAGUUGUGCUCCGGCCUCCAUGGAGUUAAACUCCCUCACGAGCGGUACUGCAAUUUGUACUACGCCUGUGUCAAGGGACUAGCCUUUCCCGUGGAGUGCCCAGUAGAGCAUCAGUUUAAUCCGGUGCUAUCCACGUGCGAACCGGAAUCAUUGGCCGUACAGCCGUGUCCCAACGGUCAGCUGGAUGGAAACGUGAGCUACGUUUAUGGCUGUGGAGAUCUGCAGGACGGCACCUUCCUGGCCAAUCGGACAGACUGUACCCGGUACUUUAUCUGUGCCGGUGGAGUGGCCACUGCUCAGCGAUGUGCUGCAGGCACCUUUUUCGACUCGGAGCAACUACUCUGUCUUACGGAUGACGGCUCCUGUCCGCUGGUUGAAUCAGUACCCGACGAUGAUGACAAUCCCAAUAACCAGCACGUGCCUCCAGAUCCGGUGGUUUGCGAAGGCAAACAUGGUUAUUUAAUGCCCGAUCCGGCCAACUGUAAUAACUUUUAUCUCUGCGUUUCCGGAAAACUCAGGCAUGAGCUUUGCUAUACGGAUAACUUCUUCAAUGCCACGUUGCAGCAGUGUCAGCCCUAUGAGAUCACCUCUGAUGGGAAUAACCAGACAGAAAGUCCCUUACAAUCCCGACAGAUCGAACUUGGUGGUCAGGAGAAGGCAGUUACGAAUGGAAUCUGCAAGGAUGCACCCACCUCUUUCGCCGGAAUAUGUGGAGUAAUCGGAAAUGGUGCUUCCGUGGCGGAGCAGGGCGAUUGCCGUAGAUAUACCAGCUGCGAGGACGAUGAGCCCGUCUCCCAGCGAUGUCGCAAUGGCGAGAGCUUCGACAGCCUUCUGGGAAUCUGUCGACAAAGCGAUGGCACCUGCCUCCUGGAGAACGGCGAGAGAGUGGGAGUCUGCAACGGAAAGCACGGACAACUGGCACGGGAUGCGGACCACUGCCGGGGCUACUUCACCUGUGUCCAUGGCCAGCAGAUCGACGGCGAGUGCGCCCAGGGAGAGUUCUUCAACCGGUUGACCAACAGCUGCGAAGUGGAUGUCCUGCAACAGUGUAGAAGUGAUACAGACGACGUGAUCAUCGCCGACAAUCUGGGUUAA